AUGCGCUUCAACAUUUUCUACGUCGCGAUUAUUUCCAAAGCCUGCAUGGCCGUCGCGAUUCCCGACACCCAUGAAUCUGACCUCGAGACACGCCAGUGUACAUUUGUCAAAUGUGCCGAUGGUGUAUGGAGGUGCAGUUGGGAGUGCUGA